AGAGAGAGAGAGACAGAGCCAGAGACACAGAGACAGAGAGAGAGAGAGAGAGAGUGGAGUGUAUAAGAGAGAAUCGUUCGCAUGCCCAAGGGAUGUGGCUGGAAUUAGAAAACUGUACAGAAUGCGUCUAUUUGGUCCGAUUUCGGGGACGAGGUCUUUGCCUCUUUGGUGGGGAGGUUUUUUAGUCUGACUUGUGCUGUAAUCCCCGCCUGAUCCACCUGCAAUCUGCAUGUACCGUGUGGUCGUCUUUUUCAUGUUGGAACGUGUUUUUACCGUAGUUUCAAGUUUGACUCAUUGCUUCCUUGUUGGUUUUUCUGUUCUCAACGAAUCUUUGGUGUUUUCGUCCACGACCCCGUUGCCGUGAUUAAUGCUGAUUGAGGUGGUGCUGGGUUAAAUUGGACGAUUUGGUGUGGUCGAGAGCGGGGAGAGAGAGCCGCGGUGUGGGAUGCGGAAGAUGGCAAUUAGUGUGAUUGCGUAAUGGCUGUGGUUAGUCCCAUCCCGUGUUGCUGGCGCUGUCAUCGUGCUGCGCCUGCCACACGCACCGUCUCCUGAUUUCUGCCCCCACUCUUCCUUCUCCUCUUCCCCCGUGCUUGCCGCCAAAGCCGAUUGUGUGUCCGCAAUUUCUCCUUGCCAUCCAGACAGGUGUCUCGCUUGCACCGAUGCGGCAUCCGUCCGUCCUGUAAUCUCUCCCGAUUUACGACCGAUCCCGUGAAAGCAACAGCGGAGCGGUUGCGGUAUCCAUGCUGGUUGGUGUACCGGGCGGGAGGUCAGUGGGACUGCUGCUGCGGGCGGUGGGCGGACGACACAGCGUGUCGGGAGCGGCAGCGUCCAUGCCGAAAGCCAAGACGGCGCCCUGCACCUUCUGUGCCAUCUGCCAGCGGGAGGAUCCCCGCACCGAGCUCCUCUACGAAGAUGCCAACUUUGUGGCAUUUCGCGAUAUUCGUCCAGCGGCACAGCAUCAUUAUCUCAUUUGUCCGAAACGGCAUGUGGACUCGGCGCGCAGUCUGGUGGCGGAUGACGCCGAGCUCGUGGAACGCUUGAUGGUCAUCGGGAAGGAGGUGCUGGGACGGCAGGGGGUCCUGCAGCUGGACAGCCCCGAUUGCCGGAUGGGAUUCCAUUGGCCGCCGUUCAACGGCAUCCGCCAUCUGCAUCUGCACGUUCUCUAUCCCGCUUCCGAGAUGAGCUUCAUCAGCCGUACGAUAUUCCGACCAAAUACAUGGUGGUUUGUCACGCCGGAAUGGGUGGUGAAGCGACUGGAGAAGAUGUCGCGCGACGAAAUGUGACCAAGCGGAAUCCCGUUAUGUUGCUGGCCCGCAGAAAAUCCUAUUAAAGACGAAAUUCAACAAAAAAAUCCCCUUCUACCAAAAUGUCUCCCCCACAAUGCGUGUUUUGUGUUUCUGACGAAGCGACGUCCGCAGGCGGAUCGAUUCGGUUGUCGUGUGUGUGUUUUCUGGAUUUAAUUACACUGUAAUAAUAAUUGUACGACCUGUCUUGCCCCUGUAAUUUGCAGCAUGCGGAAAUGAAAUAAUUUUACUUGAUUUUUUCGGUUAAUUUUUCGACGGCAAUUAAUCCGCGGUGUUUUUCGUGAUGAUGCAUAACCCGGUGCAGCACCCCCUGAGGCGGUCGGUAAGGGCUGUUGGGCGCUGUGCGAAAAAUGUUGCGAGUGGAAUUGGCGGUGGUGAGGAAGGUAGCCGCCACCCGAGUAGACACGUUGUGUCGGUUGUAAUUGUGUUUUUGCGUUGGUUUUCCUGCGUCGCUGUGUUUUCCUCGUUUUCUUCUUCUCUUCUGUGUGUAAUCGGUUACGGAAUCAAAUUGCUAUCCGGUGCUAUUUUUGUUUCGAUCGGACUGACGGCAUUUAACAAAAAAAUUUAUGGGGAAGCGUGUGUUG